AGAAAAACGCGGCGAAAGGCUUUUGCGCUACCUGUCAAGUUUUAAAAUGUCCAUCGAGAAGCAAGCGUGAAGAAGAAAGUCAGCGGCUCUCCUCAAAUGAGCGAACGGGGCGGUUCACCAAAAAUCAUCGACCAUUUUACAAUGGCGGCUGCAGACGUUGAAGAUUUUAUUGAACAGAAUAGACAUUUAUCAGAUCUCGUGGAAACCUUUCGCACCAUUUCUGAGAGCGACAAACACUGGAAACCUAGGAGGGAGUUUAUAUUCAGAAACAUCAACGACUACGAGGACCCACACGUGGACCAUCUCCUCGCGCUGUCCAUGGUGUGGGCGAAUAACGUGUUCCUCGGCUGCAGGUACCAUCCAGAACUGCUGGAGAAAGUGAAAGACAUGGCAGACGGGAUUGUUGUGGAGGAUGCCCCUGUUUUUAAAACCAGAGAGGAAUUGAUCAAACAACAUCAGAAGAGGUGACGCCUGCAAGAUUCCCUGUUGUUUUAACAGCAUCCUUUAAACCUUCAUGAGAAAGGAGAUUUUUUUUUUCUCAUCACAUCGGUAUGCAAUGGCAAUCUUUGUCUUCAAAGGUUUUGCCACAGAUGUUUAGGUGAUUGCCAGUAUUUUUUUAUUUUUAAGUAGGGGAUGAUGUAAACUGAGUUGUGUGAUUCUUUUUUUAUUUGGAAUUCGCUACAAUAAAAUGUACACAUUUCUUAACACCCAA